AUGAAAUCGAGUUGUUUUAGCAUAAUAAAACAACCGCAAUUACAAUCAAAACAAAAACAAACGACGACGAACAAGUCGUCAAUGAAAAAAUUACAAUGGAUAAACGAUUCACCUCCGAAAACAAUUUGCGAUACGAAUAAGAUAACAAAUUGGUUGGAACGUAGGCCCUACGUUAAAGAAAGAGGAUUGUUAAGGUUAAGAAGUCGAUCGAAUAAUAUAUCGACAAGGAGACAUUCGUUAGUACCCAACGUCGACGAUGAUAAAACAACAACGAUAACCGGAAUCUCUGGAAAAUGUCGAUGCAACAACACGACCGGUAAAUACGUUAAAAAAAAAAAAAACGAAUUUAAUUAUAAUAAUAAUAAUAAUAAAAACAGCAUCAAUUUGGGGAAGAAUAUACCGAAUAGCGUUGUUGCUAAAUACGUUAAAAAAAGUAUGAAUCACGUUGCAUCGUUUAUCGUUGAAUCCGCAAUUAGGUUCGGUGAAGAACAUGGAGUCGUUAAACCUGAUAAAACAUUACCAAACGUUUACGAAAUAACACCGCCGAAAAGACACGCGUCGGAAAGGAAUAAUAAUAAUAAUAAAAGGUUAAAAAUUAAAAAACCAGAUAAGAUGUUAGGUUACGAAGAUGCUAAAAAAGUCAUGUGGAGAAGCGAUAACAACAAUUUAAACAGGAAUUCCGCCAUUUUGAUGGACGACAUGUACAAACCUCGAUCGAAAGCGGGGGGCACUAAUAAAACGUCAUCGUGGUCUAGUCAAACGGAUUCCCUCGAAGACAUACUACCCAUUUUGGAAGAAUUGAAAAAAGAUGAACACGUGGUUACGAGCGAUUUAAAUUUGACUAAAUUAUCGAAAAAUAAUCCCGCUUUAUUAUUAUUAUCAUCAUCAUCAUCAUCAUCGAAUACGAAAUUGAGGAAAAAAGAAAAAAAUUUAAUAAGGUAUAGGAGAAUAUUGGAAAAGAUAAAAGGAACCGAAUCUGAUAAUAAAUUACUACAGCCUCAGCAACAACAGCAACAACCACAACGACGACAACAACGACAACGACGACAACGACAACAACAACAAUCCCCAGAUCAUCACGUUAAGAAAAGAUUUAAAAAGGAUUCAAUUGAAAUCGAUAGGCAAAGGUUAAAAGGUUCGACAAUAUCUAGAAAACAGGAUGUUAAUAUCAUUAUUUAA